AAGCACCUCCGAGGUACGGGUAGAAAUCUAAGCUCACUCCCAAGUGCAUUCCCAACUUCUUUUCACAACAAGAACACUACACCCGCCAGCCGAGAACUGACCCGACAACCAUGGACAAAAUUGCCCAAUUCUGGGCCUUGGUCCCUCAGACCGUCCAGUAUGCGCUCGCUGGCAUUGGUCUUCUGUACAUCAGCUCUGGAGCCACCAGCUUCCUCCAGCUUCUGCUAAACGCUUUUGUCUUGAGCGGCACAAACCUCCGGAAAUAUGGCAAGAAGGGCACCUGGGCCAUCGUGACCGGCGCGUCCGACGGGCUGGGCAAGGAGUUCGCGACACAGCUGGCAGCGAAGGGGUUCAACUUGGUUCUGGUGUCGCGCACCCAGUCUAAGCUCGACACGCUGGCCAAGGAGCUGGAGCAAAAGUAUGCAGACCUGCAGACAAAGACACUGGCUAUGGACUACGCCAAGGACAACAAUGCCGACUACGAGCGGCUCGCGAAGCUCAUCGCAGGGCUGGACGUCGGCAUCCUCAUCAACAACGUCGGUCAGUCGCACAGCAUCCCCGUGCCGUUCCUGCAGACGGCCGGCGACGAGCUCCAGAACAUCAUCACCAUCAACUGCCUCGGAACUCUCAAGACGACAAAGGUUGUGGCACCCAUCCUCGCUCAGAGGAAGAACGGCCUAAUCCUGACCAUGGGCUCGUUUGCCGGUGUCAUGCCCACCCCGUACCUUGCUACCUACAGCGGCAGCAAAGCGUUCCUCCAGCACUGGAGCGCGUCGCUGGCCGAGGAGCUGAAGCCGGCCGGCGUCGAUGUCCAGUUCGUCAUCAGCUAUCUUGUCGCAACCGCCAUGAGUAAGGUUCGGCGCACCAGCGCCCUCAUCCCCAGCCCCAAGCAGUUUGUUCGCUCGGCGUUGGGAAAGAUUGGUCUCGACGGCGCCGAGGGUUUCCCGAACACGUACACGCCCUGGUGGAGCCAUGCCGUGUUCAAGUGGGUGGUUGAGAGCACUGUCGGCGCGACCAGCGGCCUCACCAUUUGGUACAACCUGAAGAUGCAUGCCGACAUCCGCCAGCGUGCGCUGAAAAAGGCCGCAAGAGAGGCGAAGAAGGCGUAAGCGGUCUUGCGACUCAGCUCAAAUGCUCGGCGUCUCUUAAUCUAAACCCCCCACCCUUGGUAUGGCAUCCUUGAUCCGCUUUCGGGUUCCCGAAGAGUGUCGGCAAGCUAAAGCGGUGAAGCAAGGCCUUUGCCGCGAGGUUGUCCGCAAGGUUUGCACGGUGUCUACAGAAUAGACACGUAGGUGCCUAGGUAGUUUUAAGUAUAUGGCGAAUAGCAAAUCUCAUUUUUUUGUAUCUAACAAGUACUGUACCAAAUUGAAGAGAAUAUUGCAACUUGCAUGCUGCCUGCGACGUUGCAUGCAAUGUCUUCCCCG